UCAUCCAACAGGAAUCAUGAUAUGUGGCCAUCAUAAACGAAGCCGAUCACGCUUCUUCCUUCUUCUCCCUAUUAUUCCUUGCUCACCUCUAAACUAUUCUUCACUUGUUUAUUUUUUUAUAAUGGCGACUUAUUCGAUCACUACACCAACCCUUCGGGGCACCAAGUUUCUUGGCCAGACACAUCUAUUUUCAACUCCAAACCGAUCGGUUUUCCCGCCUCCAAAACAGCUCUCAAACGCUCAUCAAGUAAAGGCCAUGGGUAAGUUCAAUCUAUGGGAGGUGAUGGGAGGAAGGGGACUAUGCAACGGAGAGAAAGGUAUCGAGAAGGAGCUCCAGAGGAACAUAGAGGAAGAGACAUCGAAGCCUGAGAACCAGACAAAGAAAGAGAGUGACGACAAUAGCUUGUCGUUUCAAGUUCCUGAAGACGGUUUCGAGAAAGAGAUGAUGGGUCUCACCGGAGGCUUCCCCGGCGGCGAGAAGGGACUGAAAACGUUCAUCGAACAAAACCCACCACCUCCACCACCACCACCGAAGCAAGGAAGCGAUGAUGUUGUGUCCACAUUUGCCACGGAGAAGAAGCCGAGAGCUCCAGAGCUACCGCUUCUCAUGCCGGGGAUGAUAGCUAUAGUCAAGAACUCAAACAGUCCUUACCACAUGUACUGUGGGAUAGUGCAGAGGAUCACGGACGGGAAAGCUGGCGUGUUGUUCGAAGGAGGGAACUGGGACCGUCUGAUAACGUUCAGGCUUGAGGAGCUUGAAAGAAGAGAGAAAGGACCACCGGGUAAGAAUCCAAAGUCUUGUGUUCUUGAGCCUCUUAUUGAACAGAUGCAAAAGGAAGCAGCACCCUAAAGUUGCAUCUUUCUCUACUCUCUCUACUCUUUGCUUUCACUGUUAAAAUGUAUAUGUAAGGUACCUUCAAAGUUUCUGACUGGUUCUGGAAUAAAAUUCAGCAAUGUAAUAUAAAAAAUCCAUGAAUUCCAAAUCA